AUGCUCUUCGACAGCGAUGACGAUAACCUUCCAGAGGUACCGACUGUCAGGUCAAAUAGCCUCAUACCGCUGACGACGUCAGAUGCCCAGGCACAGCGAUUACAGCAGCUAGAGGCAGAGUAUCGCGCCUCACGGGCCGAGAUCGUCGCGGUCCGUCAGAGAGCUGCGCGCCGCUGCUCUUCCUCGCGGUCGGUUUCGCCGCCGGAGCCAAGGAAGGCGGCCUCGCAUGUCUGGGAGGAGCGCGACGAGGCGGCCUUUUACGAGCUUCACUCGCUUGUUCCGCACCUGUCACCGCAGUUUGCCUGCUCUUACAGCGAUGCGGUGUUACUGAUUGCCGCCAUUCAGAGCGGUGGAGCAGCCUCAGGCAACCGCCGCACCCUCGCAGACAAGUGUCAGUCACUCGAGGCAGAUCGCCGCCAGCUGGAGCAGCGUUUGGAGAAGUCUCGCGUCCAGUGCGAGGAGCUGAAGCGCGAGGUGGCUGAGGUGAGACAGAGGCUGAGGGUGGUGCAGGAGGAGUCGAAGAACAGUGUCAAUGCACUGGCUCAGCGACGCGAGGAGAUGCGCAAACAGCUGCUACUGGAGGAGGUGCGGGCGGAGAAGCUGAUGGUGCGCAACAAAAAGCUCGAGCAGGAGAACGACUCCCUCAAGGGGCGUGUGCGAGACCAGUUCCGUUGA